AGAGGGUGCUGAGGGAACUUGCCACAGAAGCAUAUGUUGCUCUAGCUCCAAAGGAUUUAUUACCUUGCAGAACUUAGAGGCAGCACUCAAAUAUCAGGGUGGCAAGAGAGCUGCUUGCGAGGAGUUGAUAUUGUGAGCACUGAGGACUGUGAACAGAUCCCUCUGUAGCUGUAAAGCUCUAAGCUAAAGCCAAGAUGAAGUUACCAAAGUCGAAAGUGACGGAUAGCUCUGCCGAGGGGCAGAAAGAAGGUGCUGGUGCUGAAGGAGGGGCCACCAAGAAGCCAGGCAUCAAAUUUAGGUCUAAGGUGCCUGGGGUCAUGAUCACACAAUAUGCUGAAACUCUCCCGGAAGGAAAAACAACUCCAGACUUCACUCGCAAACCAAUUGCAUUGACAAUUCAAGAGGGGAAGCUUGCCAUAUUUAAAGCCAAAGUGAUUGGAGAGCCACAGCCUGAAGUCCAGUGGAAAAGAGCCAAUGGGGAAAUGGACGACCCGAAAAAGUUCCAAUGCAAAUACGAUGCCAAUUCAAAUGAACACACCUUAGAGAUACCUGCUGUAAGUUCGGAUGAAGCUGACACCUACAAGUGCUAUGCCAGAAAUGAGUUUGGAAAGGCUGUGUGCACGGUCAUGCUGAAUAUCAUUGAAGUUGGUUUCAAGAAGAAGAAGGAGCUGGCUAAGUCUAAAGAAGAGGCAAAACCUAAACAAGAUCCUACAGAGUUCAGAAAGAUGUUAAGGAAAGGUAAAAAGCAAAAGAAGGAAAAGAAGGAAGGCGAGAUUGAUGAGGAUGUCUGGGACAUUUUGAUGAGCGCUGACAAGAAGGACUAUGAACGUAUAUGUUUUGAGCAUGGCAUAACUGACUUCCGUGGAAUGCUUAAGAAGCUGCAGGAGAUGAAGAGAGUGAGAGAAGAGGAGCAGGCUCAGUUCAUAGAACAUCUAAGCAAUCUCAAGCAGAUUAAAAUGAAAUCAGAGGAUUGCGCUGAAUUUGAACUUGAUAUGGACCUGAAGGACCCCAACAGUCAGGUUUUCAUCUACAAGGAUGGAGUUAUGGUUGCUUUCAGUAAAGAAAUGGAAGGGGAUAUGAAGCAUUGUCUGAAGCAAGUUGGAAAGAAAUUCAUUUUCUCUGUCAAAAAUCUGAGUCCAGAGGAUGCUGGACUUUACCAACUGGACGUUGAGGGCGUUAACGUCUUCUCUACUGAUUUCAAGCUUCCUCCUGUUGAGUUUGUCGUCAAAAUCCAGGAAGUGAAGGCCGAGGAGAGGCAAGAUGCUCAAUUUGAAUGUGUCAUCAGCCUGCCAAUGCCUGAGAUUACAUGGACCCUGAAGAACAAUCCUAUAGAGGCCGGCGAAAAGUAUGAGAUGAUUGUGUCUGAAGACAAGCUUAUCCAUAAGCUUCUUAUCAAAGAUUGUAUGCCUGUUGAUAGUGGAAUCUAUGCAGCUAUUGCAGGCCUCAAAUCUUGCAGUGCUUGGCUGAUAGUUGAGGCUGACAAAUCAUCAAAGGGUAAGAAAAAGGAGAGAAAGGCUGGCGUGGCUGGUGGAGGCCAAGACCUGGCCAAGAUUGCAGCCGAGCAGGCGGAGAAGAUGAAGAGAGACAUGGAGGCAGCCAUGGAGGCAGCGAAGAAAGCCAAAGCAGAUAGAGAAGCCGCUGACGCCGCAGCCGUAGACGACGCAGAAGCUGCGGCACAGAGGAGAGCAGCGGAGAGGGCAGCAGCGGCUGAGAAGGCUGCAAGAGAGGCGGCCGAGAGAGCAGCAGCUGAGGAGGCAGCCAGGGCAGCAGCAGCAGCAGCCGCAGCAGCCGCCGCUGCGGCCGCGGCCAAAGCGGCAGCAGAGGCAGCCCUGGCUGCUGCCAACAAGCCAGGGGCCACCAAAGAAGAGAUAGAGGCGGCAGAGGCUGCUGCAAGGGCGGCCGCAGAGGCUGCUGCAAAGGCGAAGGCCGAUGCUGACGCAGCAGCAGCGGCAGGACAAGCGAGUGCAGACGCAUUAGUAAAAGUGGAAGAGCCAAAAGAAGAGGAAGAAGGGGCAAAAAAGAAACGUGUCAGAGACGGACCACUUGUUCCAGAUACCAUCAUAGGACAGUCACAAAGCGACAUGGCAAAUAGUCAAAGUGGUGCAGGAGGCAAAGCCAAGGGUCGCUCUCGUGCCAAGCAAGGCUCACUGGUCCCAGACACGGUUGUGGGUGGGACCCCAGGGCAUCAUGGGAACCCUGGCAACUCUGGAUAUCAUGGCUACCCUGAUGGCGAAUCGGCUGUUGCAGCUGCAGGGUCAGUAGCAGGCGAUGCAGCCGGCGAUGCAGCCGGCGACGCAGCCGGUUAUGCAGCCAGCACUGACGGGUCUGCUGCGACCGGCAGGCGUUCUGGCCGUGUCAAGCAAGGCCCGCUGCUAGAGGAGACCGUCAUUGACCCUGGGGUUCACUUUUCCGCUGGACUUGAGGAUUGCAAAGUCAUUGUUGGGGAGCCAGCAGAGUUGGUUUGCAAGCUGAGCAGUGAGGAGGCCAAGGGAAAAUGGUACCACGAAGGGGAAGAGAUCAUAGAACCUGCUGAGGGGUUAACAAUCACCAAGGAUGGUGCUUUCCAUAAGCUGAAAAUCCACAAUGUCAGUGCGGAAUUUGCUGGGAAAUAUAAAUUUGAGGCAGAUGGACGCAAAACAGAAGCCAUGAUUGCUGUUGAAGAUCCUCCAAGAUUUGAUAAAGAGGAGUUGGAAAAAUUUACAGCUCCAAUAGUUAUAAAAGCUGGUCAACGAGCUCAGUUCAAAAUGCCAUAUAUCGGACAAGAACCUGCAAAAGUCCAAUGGUACCAUGAGGGUGAAGAACUAGUGCCUGAUACCAACAUCAAGAUUAUGACUGACGAGGGAUACAGCUGUUUAAUGUUCAACUCCAAGUUGACUCGCAAGGACACAGGAGAGAUCAAAAUCAAAAUAAAGAAUGAGUUUGGAACUGUUGAAGCUUGCACACAGCUUAUUGUUCUUGACAGGCCCACCCCCCCUCUUGGCCCCCUGGAAAUCAUUGAGGCCUCUUCAGAUCGUAUUGAGAUCAAGUGGAGAUCUCCAAAGGAUGAUGGUGGAUCCCCUAUAACUAAUUACAUUAUAGAUCGCAAUCAGAUAGGACGUAACACUUGGAAAAAACUUGGGCAAAUCCCAGGGGACGCUUACUACAAUGACACUGAUGUGGACCAUGGCAGAAGAUACUGUUACCGUCUACGGGCUGUGACAGCAGAAGGUAUCAGUGAGCUGAUGGAGACAGAAGAUGUCCAGGCUGGGACAAAAGCAUACCCUGGAGCCCCAUCUGUUCCUAAAGUGGAAUCUGCAUUUAAGGACUGCAUCAAUCUGACCUGGACCCCUCCCGCCAACACUGGUGGAACUAAUAUCAAUGGCUACAUGCUGGAGAAGAGAAAGAAAGGAAGCAAUCUUUGGGGUCAGGUUAACAAAGCAGAUAAACUUAUCAAAGGCAAGACAUUUGCAGUGAAAGACGUCAUUGAAGGCAUGGAGUAUGAAUUCCGUAUCUGCGCAAUAAAUAUCUCGGGAGCUGGAGAAUUCAGUACCCCAUCUGAUUUUGUGUUUGCUAGAGAUCCCAAAAAGCCACCUGGAAAGGUUAUUGACCUAAAGGUAACAGAUUCAACCUACAAUACAUUGUCCCUUUCUUGGACUAAACCAAAGGAAGAGAAAGGGGUGCAAGAUGAGGCCAAAGGAUAUUUUGUGGAGGUUCGGCCAGCGGAGAGCACUGAGUGGGAGCGCUGUAACACUAACUAUAUCAUAAUGGGCUCAUACACGGUGAAGGGCCUGAAGUCUAUGGCCAUGUAUUGGGUGAGAGUCAUAGCUGAAAAUGACGGUGGACAAGGAGAGCCCCAAGAACUGGAUAAUUACAUUCUUGCUAUGCCUCCACCAGUCCGACCUAGGUUCACAGAUCAGAAAAUCAAAAGCAUCAUGGUGGUCCAAGCAGGGAACUCUGCCCGUUUCAAUAUCAACUUUGAGGCUUCACCAUGGCCAGAUGUGACCUGGUUGAAAGACGGUGUCCCUGCAUCCAAGCGUGUUACCAUUAGCAAUGCUCCUGGCGCAUCCCAGAUAUUGAUCCCUUCUUCUGAGCGCUCGGACACUGGAAUAUACACCAUUGUGGUUAAAAACAUUGUUGGCCAAGAGACCUUCAGCAUUGAGAUCAGAGUCACAGAUGAGCCCAAACCUCCUGGUCCAGUGGAAGUUGAUGAAAAUGUGCCAGGGACAGUGACUGUAUCCUGGACCCCAUCGCCAGAUGAGAAGCGUGAUGACCGGCUCCACUACAUGGUGACUAAGCGGGACUCCAGCAAGAGAACGUGGCACACUGUGGGAGAUCACAUCUUCAACAAUAAGUACACUGCUUGUAAUAUCAUGCCUGGGCGUGAGUACAAUUUCAGAGUCUACGCAAAGAACGACAUGGGACUCUCUGCACCAUCAGAGUCACCAAAGUGGUUCAUCAGUGCCAAGAAAGAAAAGUUUACGCUGAGCAUGCCUGAAUCUAAGACAUGCAACCUGGAGAGGCCUCCCAAGUUCCUGGUUCCUCUGAAGAUGCACACAGCUCCCCAGGGCUAUGAGUGCUACAUGAGUUGUGCUAUAAGGGGGGAUCCAUCACCCCAUGUCACCUGGUACCGCAAUAACGUCAGCCUCAAUACAAACACCAACUACUACAUCUCCAACACCUGUGGUGUCUGCUCCAUGCUCAUCUUAAGAGUUGGUCCCAAGGACACAGGAGAGUACAAGAUUGUUGCAGAGAACCCCCUGGGGAGGGCAGAGUGCACUACUAAACUUACUGUCCGAGAUUAAAACAAGACUGCAUCAAUGGCCUGGAUGCUUCAUUCACAUCAUUUUUUGUGAUUUUUGUGAUUUUGAGAUUUUUCUUGGACUCAGUGAGACUUAUUUUGUGAUUUGGUGAAUUGUUAUUUUUAUGUAGAAUAAGAUAUGUGUAUCUUUUUGUGAAGAUAUAAUGUGUUUAUCACAUGUAAUGUGAUGUUACUCAACAUUCUAAGUGUUGCAUACACUACAGAAUGGUACUGUAUGCAUCACUCAAAUAAUUAGAUUUUGGGGGAUGAACAGGAAUAGUUGGAGUGACCUUUACCAUGCAUCAUGCUUUGCCCUUGACAGAAUGUUCUAGACAACUAUGGACAAAUAAUCAUAGACAUUACUAUGCAAUAUCUGAAAAAGCAGUAGAUAAGUGACCAUAUGCAUGUGACGAAAGAUAUGUCUUGCAUUGUCAUCUGAAUAAGUCUGCUUCUUAAUUACAGUAACUAAGAUACUAUACUCUACACCAUGUUGAAAUGACUAUUGUGGAAAUGUAGAAGAUAGGACACAAGAUCUGUGUUUAAGUACAUGAAAACAUGUACUUGAUGAAUAAACAAUGUAUGUCAAUAUUGAAUUUAAUCAAAA